AUGUCCAAACCGAACGAUCUAGAAAAGGGUAACACCCUUCCCGAUCUUUCAGACGUCUACGGCGGCGUUGAAGAUACAAAACCAGUUGUGGGCGGUGUAUCCGAAGAACAGCACGAUGCGAUCGCUUCAAGUAGUCCUAAGGCCUCUGGUGGAAGUGGAGGUGGUUCAGGAUCCUGGUUCACCAAGAAGCGAAUAAUAAUAAUCGCUGUAAUCGCUGUGAUUGUUGUCGCUGGAGCGGUGGGCGGUGGUGUAGGCGGCGCAUUGGGCAGUAAAAAGUCGUCCAAUGGAGACGGUAAUUCUCCUGGUUCGAAUUCCUCGGGGUCCGGUACUGGUGCUGGCGGUGAUCAGACGACUAGUGGACCCGCUCCCACGCCUACUACCGGUACUGUACCUCAGGAUUCGGGAAACAGUGGUUCGCCAGUAACAAUUAUUCCAAAUGCCGGCGCGACAGGAAUAGUCCUCCCAACAGGCGUUACAGCCGUCGCAUUCUCCGGCGUACCGAAACCAGCGGCCACAGGCACACCACUGGAAAUCAACCUAGGUUUUCCCGGAUUAACCCCAGGAUUUGGAAUUAGUGCUGGAAGUUUAGUCGAGAACGGAGAGUUUAAGCAGAAUUUAACGGGAUGGGAAAAUACAGACGGAUGCUGGAACGUGAAUGCUUGGGACGAUAAGGGAUAUCUUUCGGCGUGGAAUGGGGAACAUUCUUCGGCCAAAGCGUGCGAAUUAUCGCAGACGAUGGGGAGGAGGGAUAAACAGGGGAAGGAUACUGAUUAUGUUGUCAGCUUUCUGUAUAGAAAUGCGCUCGCGAACUCUUCUGAUAAUGCAUGGUUUUGGGCAUACAUUGGCGACGAGGAUAGGAUGAUGCGGGUCCUGGCGACAAGAGAAGGGAAACCGACGUCCGAAGAUGAAUGGAGCAAAGCGGCGUAUAAAUAUACCGUCGGCGCCAAUAAGAAGGCCAAGAUAGUCUUUAGAGCGUUCAAUGAUAUGGAAUAUUGGGAGGUAUCGGAAGUCGCAGUCACGCCGCUGGAAUUGCUUACAACAUGA